AGGUAAACUUUUGUUUCUAUGUACUACUAAGAACAUGAGUGUGUUUUUUCGAUUGUUUCUUUGUUUUUUUUGGUUUUUUUUGUUGAUUUUUUUACGACUUUCUUGUUAAAGCUCGUAAAAAAUUGAAUUGCCAUAUUUUCAAUGGCGUUGUAAUUGAUACAUAAAAUACAAGCAAGUUUCUAAACAAUUCAAGAUUUUAAGCUCAUGUCAUUAUUUGUCAUGUUGGAGACGAGCUUGUUUAGGGGAGAGGGUAGUCUAAAACAAAACAGGACCACGUCUGAUGGCGGCAGGGACUGCCCCACAGUCCUGCGUGUUGGGAAUGUAGUCAGUUGUGACCUCCUCUUCAACAUUAACAGCCGUUAUCCUCUUUGCAAAUAUCUACCAGUUCUGAAAAAGAUGGCAGAUGCUGAACAACCGCAACUAGCGGAGGAUUUUCUCUUUAAGGGGAAAAGAUUGGAUUGCAAAAAAAAGAUUUUCGGUUAUGGUUCUUUCUUGUUUGACGGAUAUUGGAAGGAAAAUGAAAAUGCAGGUGCUGAAAAAGAAGGCGUGAAAUUGAAGGCCCCUAAUCUAAAAAAAGAAGUUGCGAUAAGAAGAAUUCAAAAUGAAGACUGCCUUGAUGGGUGGAAAGAUGUGGCCGACAAACUCAUUUACCUCAAUCACAACAAUAUCCUACGAGUUUUUGGUUAUGAGGAGGACGUGGCCAAUGGAUGGAGGUAUUUUGCUCUGGAACCGUACAGUGCCACUUUAUACGUAUAUUGUAAUGGCUGGUACAAUGGACCGAUGCCAAAUGAAUCGCAAGUUCUUUAUCAAAUUACCAACGGCGUCAGCUAUCUGCAUGGCAAAAGAAUUGUACAUGGCGAUUUAAAUCCGUUAAACGUCGUCAUUGCUGCCCAGUCCCGUCCUGUGCGCAUGAAAAUUUCUGAUUUUGGAUUGAGCAAAUUCAGUUACAGCAAACAGCUGUCGCAGAAGAUGAAAGAAGGAGAAAAAUCUUUUGAGAUGGAACUCUGUCUGAGAAAGUAUUGGUAUUGGACACUGUCAGAGGAAACCCUGGAAGGCAUCAAAGACGCCACCGAAGAUUUCAUUGCAGCUGGAUGCAUUUUGUUUUAUUAUCUAACCCGUGGCGAACACCUUUUUGGUUAUGAUUCUAAGUCAAUCUUGAUAAAUCUCAAUAAAAAGAAUCCAGUCAAUUUACCAAGAUUGUGUGAAAAUCACUUUGCGUACGAGCCCAUCAAAAAUAUGAUAAAUCCCCCAGGAAAAGGAUUCAAUUGGUUACAAGUAGCAAAUGAGGAAUUUAAAGAAGCACUUUCACUCCAAGUCAACACCAACAAACUACUUGGUAGUGGAACUUUUGGAGAUGUGUUCGAAGGGAAAUUUAACGGCGAUCUCGUUGCAGUCAAACAAAUAAAGACGACCACAGCUCAAAAAGAAAUUAUUCAAAGAGAAAUGAAUACGCACAUAGAAUUGAAUCACGUCAACGUAGUGAAACUCUUGGACGUCGCUGAUUCGGCCGACAAUAGAUUCACGCAACUGGCGCUGGAAUUGUGCGCUGGUACGUUGGCAGAUUGGGCAGACGAAAAGAAAUACAACGGACCGAAAUUGCCGCCAGACGAAUUGGUCCUUUAUCAAAUCGCCAAUGGAUUGCAUUACAUCCACUCGAGAAAUUUGGUGCAUCGCGAUAUUAAACCGGAAAAUAUCCUCAUUUCAAUGACGUCGCCCGUUGAAAUGAAAGUCUCUGAUUUGUCGUUUGUUAAGAAAACUCAGGAAGAUAUUUUUUCGCAGAGUAAAAUUAGAGGAACUCUUCAGUGGAUGGCACCUGAGAGACUUAAGGUUUUAAAUGACACUGAAAACAUGCCAGUCAAUCUGCCGGAUGGAACAAUCAAAAGUGACACGUUUUCAUCCGGAUGUGUUUUUUUCUAUUUCCUGACGCGUGGUAAACAUCCAUUUGGGAAAAACCAAGCCACUGUUCCAGGUAAUAUUUUGGAAAACAAACAGGAGGAAAUCGUCAACUACAAGCAAAAUUUGGGGGCAGACGACGUAAACGGAAGAAUCCUUGCUGGUUUGAUUGAGGAUAUGAUUCAAUUUGAAGAAAAAGAAAGAAUCGGAUUGCCUGAGGUCAUAAAACAACUAGCCGCUGUAUUGUACGGGAUGGACAAAAGGAAAUGUCAAUUGAGGCUCGUUGAAGCGUCGUUAGGUGGGAAGUACAUGAUCCGUUCCCACCCCACUGAACCGAUUUUUGCAUGUGCCAAUGAGGAAAAGUUAAAAUUUUACACUGCCGAAAAUUUGGCUAUUCCGUUUUCCAAUUGGAGAAAGAAGAAAGACAUCCCAUUUCAACAUCUAAACAUGUAUGAGAGAGUUCGGUCACUUGAGUGGAAUAUUGACGGGACACAACUAGCUGCUGGAUUCGAUGACGGUACUGUCGUCGUAUGGAGUUACCCAGAGUGCAAAAUCUUCUUUCAAAAGAAACUUCCGAGAAUUAUCACUAAAAUAAAUUGGAAUCCAACCAGGCCCAACUUAUUUGCUAUUUGGUUGUAUCAUCAAGUUGUCGUAUGUGAUUCAUCCAAUGUCGACGUGAUCACCACAAUUGACUGUGAAAAAGUUACGUCUGUGAAGUGGAUCUCUGAAAAUCGAAUCGCCGUCUCUUCUUAUGAUGGAAAGAUCGAAAUUUUUGAAAUUGUGGAAAACAAUUUGACAACAACUCGACUCGUGAAAGAAUUCACACAUGGAAUGAGUUGUCGUCAUCUGGAGUGGAAUGAAAGGACCCAAUAUUUGGCCAGUGGUGGUGAUUACCAAAUCAAUAUUUGGUCCAUGGACAUGCCAAUUCCGAUCAAGUUUCCUCUGCAGGACUCCGUGGGAAAAUUUGCUUGGCACUUGUGCACAGGAAAUGGGGAAGAAGAGGGCGGAAUCGAAAUGGCAAGGAAAUCAGCCAAAAACUUCACUUUUGCUUAUGCAUUGAGAGGCAAAGGCGUUUUUAUUUGGAAUCCUCUGGAAAGCGAACAACAGCCGCGAAGUCUUUCCAAAGAUGCAGACAUAAAAAUGCUCGCCUUUUCAUCAGACGGUCGAUUUCUUGUAGCCGGGGGCGAUAAGAAAUAUAUGAUUUGGUCAGCAGAGGACUGGGUACAAAUAUACGAACUCAACAACUGUACUAAUAAAUUUGACGGACCAAGGAAUAUAUCAUUUUUUACCACAAAAUCUACAAACCUUUACGAGAAUAAACUUAUAGUCAAUUAUUGGCAUGAGACCAGCAGAUUAUUUGAAUUCGCGUUCGAAGAAAGUAACAUUUCUGAUUCGGCCAUUGAAAUACCAACAGAAUCCGAUGAGGAUGACAUGGACCAUACGUGAUAGAAGACGUGGUCCUUUAAAACGCCUAAAGGGGCUUAUCUUCUAAACAGAACCAAGUGAAGAAAAAAUUGUCCUGCAAAAAAAAAACCAUAUCAAUUUAAACUAAAAAAAAACUUGAAUGAUAUUUUUAUCCAAAUGCAGUUUGCCUUUUUUAAACUAUAGAUGUUAGAUUAUUAAAUCUGAUUGUUUCACUGUA